AUGUAUGAGGUCUUGUGCCCCAAACUGAUACUUAAAUCGUGUAAAUAUUACCAGGAAGGAGGUCGAGUCUGUUGGUCUCCAUAUGACAGCCCAAUAGCUCUUGACCAUGUUCCCAGCUCGAGUGCGUCCACUCCCUUCUCUGUCAAGGACAUAUUAAACUUAGAGCAGAGCCACAACGCGAUGGUGUCUUCUGUGGAUGUUUGUUCCCGGUGGGACUGCACCGUGCCAACCUCCUCCUGCAUGCUGGCGCGCCUGAAGCAGGAGCCCCUCCGUGACCCGCCGCCCGCCGCGUCCCUGUUUGGAGAAAAAGUCCAGGAGGCCAAAAGCAGCAGAGGAACCGCUGCUGCCUUUUAUGGCAAAUCAUUCCUAGAGAUGGACAUAGUCAAGGAUGGAAAAUCAGAGGGAAAUCACUGCAGGAAAGGUAAAAAUUGUGCCGGGUUAAGGAGUUCACUUCUCCGGCCAGCCGGUGACGACCUAAAGUCCGAGGAUCAGGGCCGAGCCAAGCCUCGGAGGCGCAGGAAGCCCCGGGUCCUCUUCUCCCAGGCCCAGGUGUACGAGCUGGAGCGUCGUUUCAAGCAGCAGAGGUACCUGUGCCCGGAGAGAGAUCACCUGGCCGGCGUGCUCAAACUCACCCCGACCCAGGUCAAGAUCUGGUUCCAGAACCGGAGGUACAAGUGCAAGCGGCAGCGGCAGGACCAGAGCCUGGAGAUGGUGUCUCUGCCACCGCCGCCCCGGAGGGUGUCGGUGCUGGUGCGCGACGGGAAGCCGUGCCUUGCGGAAUCAGCGGCGUAUAGUCCGUCCUACAGCAUGGCGCACAUCAACCACUUCACCUGCAACAACUACACCCCGUUCAGUAACUACACGGGCCCGGCCUGCAACACGAACUACCCCUGCAAUUAUCCUGUACCCGCGAUGCAAAGCAGGCAAACGUCUCCGGGCGACGGCUACGUGAACUUUGGGGAGCUGAAUAACGUGCAGAACACGUUCAGCUCCAGCAGCGGCUUGUCCUCGUUACACGGCAUCAGGACUUGGUAA